CACUGAUCUCAGGGAAUUUAUUUAUUUUUUGUUUUGUAACACACGCGCACAUGAUCAGAGUCAGAAGUAGGAAGUAGGAAGUUAGAACUUAACCUUUCCACUUCAGGCUCGUUUCGAUGUCUCUUCUAAUCGUCCUCGUUCUAUUUCUCCACGUUGUACGAGCUCUAUCCACUCACAACGUCAUUGGGUACCUCGGAGAAACCGUUACUUUGCCCUCAAGAGCAGAUCCAUCAUGGAAUCUCUCCAAAAUUGAGUGGUCAAUCUUGACCAACACCACGUGGAUUGCCACCCAUCGCGGUGGAGCGACAAACAUCGACCGUUUCCAUCGAUAUAAAGGGAGACUCAGUCUCAACAUCACUUCAGGUGACUUGACGAUCCGUAAUUUGAUGAAGGAAGAUGACAUGGAAUACACUGUGAAUCUCCUCGGCCCAAAGCGAGAGGUCAAAGUGAUCCGGCUCAUAGUUAACAAACACCUUCAGAAGCCGACCAUCAACGCGCUGUUCAAAUCGCCUGCCAAAGGCGGCGGCUGUUGGAUGGGGCUGCAGUGUUCCUCUCAAGAUGAAGGUGUGGAUUUCUCCUGGAAGAUCGAACCUCCCACUGAGGCGCUCUUCAACACGAGGCACGCUGAGAGAAACCCAGGAGAGAUUUUCAUGUUCCUCAAGAACCCAGAGAUCGAUGUGGAGUUCACCUGCACCACCAACAGGACCACGGAAAAUGUCUCGAGCGCUUUCAUUCAAAAGUUUGAUGAUACAAGAUGUAAAGAACAUAACUGCAGGAACAGAUACGCACUGUGCUUUGCCAUCGGCUUGGCCAUCGGCUUGGCCAUAGCAGUGGUAUUAUACAUUUGCAGAGAAAACAUCAGCCCUCCUUGUAAAUAGUUUGAAAGACAGCGUCAGGAAGCUGGAAUGACCACAACACAGAAAGCAUCAAUAAUGCCAGACGAUGACUGCAGCGCGACGCACUUGUACAAAUAAAAAACUACAGUAUAGUAAACUACAGGCUGUAUUGUCAUUGCCGCUCCCCUCAUCUCUGUCUGACAUUUUCUUUUGAAUCAAUACUUUAAACAUUCACUCACCUCUACCUUACGUGAUGUCUUUUCUCACGGAUGCUGUAAAUAUUAUUUUGUUUCUUGUACUUGUGUCCGUCCUGACGUCCACGUGUGACUCUCUGAGGUUUCUAUAUUCUUUCCCCUGUUAAAAGGGUUUUUUGGUAGUUUUACUCUUGUUAAGAUUGUUGAGACUAAUUGUAAUUUGUGAAUAUGAGACUAUACAAAUAAAAGGUGAUUGAUGAAUACAAUUUGA